GGUCGCCGUGCAUCCGCGCGUUUCUCCGACUUCUCACUUUGCCCAUAUAAGAUCGGCCCUAAGGGCCGCUUCCGCUCACUCGCUCUUGCUCCGUAUACCAGUCUGAUCAGCUGAUGACGUAACAUACGACGAGCGUUUCUCACGCGUGCGGGACGAAAGUUGCGUGCGUCUGUUGCACCUGGUGUCGGUGUCGGUGUCGGUGUGUGUCGUGCUGUCGCGGGACUCGCGGGCAGCGACGUACGGCGUAGGCGAGGUGGUAGCCCGCUUCCCGGAGUGCGCGGGCCGAGAGGUGCCCGUUUCCUUCGCGCGCGUGCGGCCCCGUCGUCACGCGUACGCGUCGCACGCAACGUCGCGCUCGCGCUCCCCACGGGCUGCGUUAUCGCGGCGAGGCGUACGCAGCUGAGGGAACGAGCAACGCGCGAUCCGCUAAUUCCGUCCUCGCUGUGCGGGGGUGCGCGGAGACUGCGAGACGCGAAGAGUGAAAGAGACAGAGAGAGGGAGAGAGAGAGCACGAGCGAGAAAGCAGUGCAGAACAAGGGAGAAAGAGAGAGAGAUCGGAUCGCGCCAGGAUGAGCGUCGACGCGUACGGGCCCAGCAGCCAGACCCUCACGUUCCUCGACACCGAGGAGACCGACCUGAUCGGCGCGGACACGCAGGGCAGCGAGUUCGACUUCACCGACUUUACUCUGCCGUCGCCGAGUCAGACCCAGGCCUCGCAGCACGACGCGACCCAGACGCAGUCCAGUCAACCCGUUCAGGUUAACGGUACGAAUGGCAGCUCGUCGUUGGACCUGAAAAUUUCUGGAGCGGCCCAGAGCCUCGCCGAGUUGCAGUUCGAGGAGGAGGAAGAGGAAGCCUACUAUAACCGCGACUUGCCUGACCAUGCUUGUAAAUACUGCGGCAUCCACGAGGCGUCCUGCGUGGUUAUGUGCAACGUCUGCCGGAAGUGGUUCUGCAAUGGACGCGGCAAUACGUCCGGAUCACACAUUAUCAAUCAUCUUGUCCGUGCUAAGCACAAGGAAGUCACUUUACACAGAGAUGGCGCUCUCGGGGAAACCGUUUUGGAGUGUUAUUCCUGCGCCACGAGAAACGUUUUCGUAUUGGGUUUUAUUCCCGCCAAGGCUGACUCCGUGGUCGUGCUGCUCUGCCGUCAACCGUGCGCGGCACAGAGUUCUUUGAAAGAUAUGAAUUGGGAUCAAGAACAAUGGAAGCCUCUGAUCGAAGAUCGCAGCUUUUUGUCUUGGUUGGUCAAAUUUCCGUCCGAACAAGAACAGCUAAGAGCUAGGCAGAUCUCGGCGCAGCAGAUUAAUAAAUUAGAGGAAUUGUGGCGGGACAAUGUUGACGCUACUUUCCAAGAUUUAGAGAAGCCCGGGGUAGACGAGGAGCCGCAGCAGGUUCUAUUGCGCUACGAGGACGGAUAUCAGUAUCAAAAUAUUUUUGGUCCACUCGUGAAAUUGGAAGCUGAUUAUGAUAAACGGCUGAAAGAAUCUCAGACUCAAGAGAAUAUUGAGGUACGAUGGGACGUUGGGUUGAACAAGAAGACAAUCGCGUAUUUUAUGCUGGCUAAGACAGACGGAGAUAUGAAACUGAUGCACGGAGAUGAACUGAGGCUCCGUUAUCUGGGAGAGCUACAUAAACCUUGGUCCGGAAUUGGACAUGUGAUUAAGAUUCCCGACAAUUACGGGGAGGACGUCGGGAUUGAGCUGAAAAACAAUUCUGGGGCGCCGACGGAUUGCAUGAGCAACUUCGUCGUUGAUUUUAUUUGGAAGAGCACGAGCUUCGAUCGAAUGCAGUCCGCCUUGCGCAAAUUUGCCGUGGACGAUACGUCGGUGUCGGCUUACAUAUAUCACAGACUACUGGGACACGAAGUGGAAGAGGUUUUAUUCCGUUGUCAUCUCCCUAAACAUUUUAGCGCGCCGAAUCUACCUGACUUGAACAGAUCGCAGGUGUACGCUGUGAAACAUGCGAUACAACGACCUUUAUCCCUGAUCCAAGGGCCACCUGGAACAGGUAAAACCGUGACGAGCGCCACUAUAGUUUAUCAACUCGUGAAACAGAGCGGUGGUCCUGUUCUCGUAUGCGCUCCCUCGAACACCGCUGUCGAUCAACUGACCGAGAAGAUACACAAGUCAAAUUUAAAAGUCGUGCGAUUGUGUGCCAAAUCGCGGGAGGCCAUUGAUUCGCCAGUGAGUUUCCUCGCGCUGCAUAAUCAAAUAAAGAACCUGGAGACCAACACCGAGCUGCAGAAGUUGCAACAAUUGAAGGACGAGACGGGCGAGUUGUCGAGCGUCGACGAGAAGCGCUACAGACUUUUGAAGAAAGCGGCGGAAAAGGAGCUUCUGGAAGCGGCCGAUGUGAUAUGUUGCACCUGCGUAGGCGCCGGUGAUCCGAGAUUGCACAGAUUAAAGUUCCACUCUAUACUUAUCGACGAGAGCAUGCAGGCCACCGAGCCGGAGUGCAUGGUGCCGGUUGUUCUAGGAGCGAAGCAAUUGAUCCUCGUCGGAGAUCACUGCCAAUUAGGCCCGGUGGUAAUGUGCAAGAAAGCCGCCAGAGCCGGCCUGUCCCAGUCCCUGUUCGAAAGACUGGUGGUGCUGGGAAUCAGACCGUUCCGCUUGGAAGUACAAUACCGUAUGCACCCCGACCUGUCGCGAUUUCCAUCCAACUUCUUUUACGAGGGUUCUCUGCAGAACGGCGUUUGCGCCGACGAGCGAAAAUUGCUGAAGAUCGACUUUCCCUGGCCGGCACCGGACAAGCCGAUGUUCUUCUAUGUCACGCAGGGUCAAGAGGAGAUAGCCGGAAGUGGGACGUCUUACUUGAAUCGCACCGAGGCGUCCAACGUGGAGAAGAUAACGACGCGCUUCUUACGCUGCGGCGUGAAAUCGGAGCAGAUUGGUGUGAUAACGCCGUACGAGGGUCAACGGGCCUAUCUUGUGCAGUACAUGCAGUACCAGGGUUCCCUACACUCGAAAUUGUACCAGGAGAUCGAGGUGGCGAGCGUGGACGCUUUUCAGGGACGUGAGAAGGACAUAAUAAUAAUGUCCUGCGUGCGAUCCAACGAGCAUCAGGGCAUUGGGUUUCUGAACGACCCCAGAAGAUUGAACGUGGCGUUGACUCGCGCCAAGUACGGCAUCAUUAUCGUAGGAAAUCCCAAGGUGCUGUCGAAGCAGCCGCUCUGGAACCACCUGCUCAGCUUUUACAAGGAGCAGAAGGUGCUGGUCGAGGGACCGCUGAAUAAUCUCAAGGAGUCCAUGAUCCAAUUCGCCAAGCCAAAGAAACUCGUGAACGCGGCCAAUCCGGGCUCGCAUUUCAUGUCCACGUCCAUGUACGAUGCGCGCGAGGCUCUGAUCCCCGGCUCGGUAUACGAUCGUUCCGGCGCUCAGGUGAACGGCACGCAGAACCACAAUCCGUACUACCAAAGAAACGUGCCGCUCGACAUCUUCAGCCGCACCCACGACACCAUCAGCUACAUCAGCCCGGAGCGGGCGCAGGCGGCGAUGAACAACAUGCCCGUGCCGGUCGGCAUGUUCAUGAACAUGGCGCACGUGCCGCCGCGCUUCUUCAAUCAACAUCAGCAGGCGCUGCAGGCGCGUCAGAAUCAGAGAAACCGGCGCGGCGCGGCCGCGUCCGCGCGUAACAAAUCGGGCCCGCGUAUGGGCAAGCUAAGCCAGACCGAGCAGAACACGCAGCCGUACAGCCAGCCGGGUCUGCCAUUGACGCAGGGUACGACGCAGGGCAUGUCCCAGCCUGGCUUCAGCCUCUCGCAGCCCGGCCUCAGCCAGGCGGAGCUCUCCCAGGACUCGUUCGCGGUCGGCGAGUUCCAGUCGCAGAUGGACGGCCUGCUGUCGCAGGACUCGACUUACCAGGGCGACCGCAGCGGCUUCUAUCAGUCGGGCCAGUCGCAGGCCGGUGGACAGUUCUCGCAGCCCUACUGAGCCGAGACCUACCUACGGCUGAGCAACGCAAUUGCCAUGCCAUGAAGGCUCGUUCGACCAAUUACUUCUUCGACCAACGACCACAAAUCACUAACUGCGCAAAACGGUACGACGGCUCGACGAUCGAGUGCGAUAUUAUGCAGCAUACGCUCAUGUCGUCGACGUGAGGUAAAGGGGAGUGAAUGGAGAACGAAGAUUCCAUAAAGCUGAUUCGCCAUUGGAGGAUUUUCCACCGUGGACGCGGAAACGCGCGAGGCUUAUGUAUCUGAUUUGUAGCAACGAGGGCGAGAGAGGGGGACACAUCGUGCAGGCUGGAGGAUGACCAACCACUACCACUGUCAAUCACCGUGACACGCGCUCACACCGUGAAUGGACGCCGUUUCAUCGCGGGGAUCGGAGUGACUGACCUGUAACCGGACGGAAAAAGGAGUAAAAAAACCAAAAUGAAUACAAAGAGAGAGAGAGAGAGAGAGAGAAACGGGACAUAAAACGGAGGAGUGUCGCAUUACGAUUCGACCGAAUCUUACCGGGUGUACCGGUGUAUCGCGUCACACCCGGGUGAGUCUACGAUGAGAUUUUCGAGGCUCCUUCUGGUAAUCCGUGCAUCACAGAAGAUCGGAUCGCAAUAGCGCCGAAAAACGCCGCAUGUUCUUUUCUUUUCACUUUGUCGCUCGGAUGAUCGACUCAAAUUCGAAUCGAAUGGAGGAAGCACGAGGAGACCACACUGCAUUCGAAUUUCUAUGUACCCACACGUUGUUGCGAGCCGAGGGAAAGGCGUGCACCGCACGUGCUCGCUCCUCGCGCGCGUGGGCGCACGUCACACGUACACACACAUACACACACACACACACACACACACAUAUACACGCAUACGUACAUCGAGAAUCGACAUCGAUCUCUCCGGCGGAAGAUUUUGUCGAUGGGAUUUCGCCAAUGUUGCAUCAUUGUCAAACAGUACGAAGCCAAUGUUUCAACAUCAUUCACGGAGAUGGGACAUCCUUUCUCAGAGGACCGGCGCCCUCCGCCGCUCGUGAGAAAUUCAUCGGUGGUUUUGAUCAUGUUGAUUAAGUUUUUUUCUCUUUUUUUUCCUCUUUAUUUUAGAUAUCUAUUGCUUACUUUACCGCAGAGGUCACGCGACGGGGAGCGCGCACGAUCGGAGGGAUCGCUCUGUCACGGCGGAUCCCUCGCGCACGGGCCAGGCGGAUCGGAACGUGACCGAGAAACAGUAUAGACGCACAGCUUGCUGAAAUGACAAUUCGUUCUUUCCUUCGUGUAUCGCGUGUCGCACGUCGUUCUUUAGCCUUUUCGCAACGGCGAGUUGAUGGAUGCGCGGUGGAGGCGAAACGCUACUCUCGUCCACGAGAGUACGAACUUCCAACGCUUGCGAGUUUAAACACGACAGUUCCAUCGCGUCGAUGUAAUGUACAAGUAAUUAUAAAUCGACGAGUAAGAAAUUACUGAAAUUUAUUUAGGGAUUUGACGAGCCGGCGAAAUUGUCUCUGUUCACGUGGGAAGAGAUUCCCAGCAAGCAACGACGGUGGCUUCUCGUAGCGAAGGGGUUAACGCGCGACCGACAAUUGAUUAAAUUUAGUGGGAAAACGUCUUGAUUUUUAUGCCCUUUUGGAUGUGGCACGCGCCAUGCAAAGAUCCUACAUCAUUGUGUGUGUUUUAGACGUUACCACUGCCCUCAGUGGUAUCGAGUAAAUUGUCAGCAUUCGAGGACUCCCACUCGCGGUAUAGACCGGAAAGUCGUUCUAUACAUUUUUUGUUUUUUUUUUAUGAAAUUCGGAUCGCCCUUCUAUUGCUUCCGAAUUCUAUAGCCUGUCUGUACUGGCUUCUGGCGGUAAUAUAAAUUCGUUAUAUUGCAAUAGAUUAAGUGAUAAUUAAGUGAUAAUGUAACUUGCAUUAUACAACACUAAAUUAUUUUAUUUCUCUUGUCUGACCAACACCGCACCGCUAAUAUUAUAGCAGAUUGUAAUAACGAAAUUUCUUGUGAGAUCUUAUGGAGAAAAUAAAUUUGGUUUGAAAGCAA